AUGGCAAAAAUGUACAAAUUGGAAAAAACAUCUACAAAACACGACAGGUUCCUUAACCCUUCAUUCUCUUCCACUCUCUUAGACCAAAUUUACCGUUCCAUCGACGACGGAGAAAAAAAAUCACCCACCGAAACAACCUCAUUCUACACACAACAAAAACCAACGGUUAUCAAAAAACUAAUAACCGACACAAAACAUUUCAACAACAAACCAAAAACCGAAAAAGCUGUUCCUGUCGUGAAAAAACCCGACAACAGAAAAUUCCAUCAACGCGAUCACGAACAAGAUGCUCUGUUCUUCAGUUCCACUUCCAUUUCUUCCGAUUCUAGCUCCGCCGGAUUCUCCUCCGACACAGACUCCCUACCACGUGCCUUCUUUCCACCGAGGCCAAAACCGGUAAGAACAAGUCAGUCAUUCAGAUUUGAAAGCGAGAAACAGAGGAAUCACGUUUUCGACGGUUUUCGUCGAGGUUCAGAAACCAAACAAGGAACAGAAAAACGCGGCGAGGAAGCGAUUUUGAUAAAAAGCAAAUCGAGAGCGGUUAAGAUUUACAACAAUCUCAAGAAAGUGAAGCAACCGAUUUCACCAGGUGGAAGACUCACGAGUUUUCUUAACUCGCUGUUUCAUAAUAACAAUAAUGAGAAGAAAACGAAAGGCUCUUCUUACGAAGACAAGAGAAAAGUAGCCUCCACCACGUGUUCCUCUGCUUCUUCUUUUUCACGGUCUUGUUUGAGUAAGACGGCGUCGUUUUGUCAUAGAGAUAACUACAAAACGGUGCGUUUUUGUGGCGUGGAAGAGGGUAGGGUUAAAGUGGAAGAAGCUACUAGAAAGUUUUUGAAUGAGUAUCGUUGUAAUAGCUACAAGAAGAAGAAUGAUAUGGUUUUGUUAAAGGAUUUGUGUGUUAAUCAGAAUGAUGAAGAAGACGAUGAUGACGUGGCGAGUUGUGCGAGUUCUGAUUUAUUCGAGUUGGAUCAUUUGGGUAUGUUGGGAGAUGAAAGGUUUUGUGAGGAGCUUCCUGUGUAUGGAACUACUCGUGUUAAGUGUUAA